AUGAUCGUUUACCUCACAAGAAAACGACCGGAGUUUCGUCCCUUGACACAAACAGGCUGUUAUCCUCACCACAAGGUGGCGUUCAUUAAGAUUCAUAAAGUUGGAGGUACGUCCGUUCAAAACGUUAUUCAAAGAUUUGGUGAGACAAAUCGGCUCCUCGCAGCAGUUCCCAACAAGAGAAAUGUUUUUGGAAAGGAAAUGAAAAAUGUGGUAAAAAUUCCCGAGAAACUGAGUUUUGAUCUUGUGUACAGUCACAUGCAAUACUUCAACAGAUCUGCUGUGGAGAGGAUUAUGCCACAAACCUCUGUAUACUUUACUAUUGUACGAGAGCCUUUACGCCAACUCAUCUCAUCGUUCUAUUAUUACAAACACGUCUGGCGUUUCGCCUACUUGAACAAAAUACCCAAAGACGACAAGGAAUUCGUGGACUACUUGCUGCACGCGGACAAAUACGAACCGUCAGACGUUAGGGAUUCCUAUACCAACAACCGUAUGUCCUAUGACCUGGGACUUGCGGAAGCCGAUUUCCGGAACAAAACAGCCAUUGAGAGGUGGUUACGAAAAUUGGACACUGAACUGGACUUUGUCCUAAUCACUGAACGUUUUAAUGAAUCUUUAGUUAUGCUUAGACGAAGGUUGUGCUGGUCACUCCGAGACAUCUUGUAUGUGAUUAAAAACGUUAAUCAUCGCAAACGGAAGGUGCAUUUAUCACCGAAAGUUUUAACCGUCUACCGGAAUCGUUAUAUGGCUGACAUAAUGCUCUAUAACUACAGCUAUGCGAGGUUUCAGCGAGAUAUCCAGCGACAAAGCCCUGACUUCCAAGACGAAGUAAGUGUCUUUGAGAAGAUGUUGAACCAAGUUGCUGACUAUUGCAGUUUGGCGUAUAAACCAAAGAUUCUCCUUUUACCAAAUUCUAGAUUCGACAAAACACCGUUCAGUCCGGAAUUUGAACUAACACCUUGGGAAUGUGAAAUGAUGUAUUUAAGCGAAUUAGAAUUCGCUAAACGGACGAGAAAAAAGCAAGAGGGAGUUGCAUUCUUAGACGAAUUAGCCCGUCAUUAA